AUGGUGAGAACUAUUGGCUGUUCUUCCUGCUCGAACUGCAAUGCCUGCUUUGACGGUAACGGCAUUUCAGAACUAUUGGCUGUUCUUCCUGCUCGAACUGCAAUGCCUGCUUUGACGGUAACGGCAUUUCAGUAUCAGUGCUUACAUGUUCUCCCCAUGCAAGAAGAAGCUCUAGGCAGGAAUGCGUGCUUGGAGAUCUUAUUUCUUUUUCUUGUUUUUGUAGCUCUUGCAAUUUGUGUUCAGGGACAGGAUCAAUCAGCAUUCAUUAGCCUUGAUUGUGGAUUGCCACCAAAUACCAGCUAUUCUGAUGCAAAUACAAGUCUAAAUUACAUCUCAGAUGCAUCAUUCAUUGACAGUGGGGAAAGUAAGAGCUUAGCACCUGAAUUCAGUACAAACAGCAUCGACAGACCGCUAUGGUACGUCAGGAGCUUUCCUCUGGGCAGUAGAAAUUGCUAUGAUUUGACACUUACUGGAGCUACCAAAUAUUUGAUCAGAGCUACUUUCAUGUAUGGAAAUUAUGAUAACCUAAAUCAGCUACCAGUAUUUGAUCUGCAUAUAGGACCUAAUAAAUGGGUUACGGUGAAAAUCCUCAAUGCAUCCAUUCCUGUAAGCGAAGAGCUCAUAUAUGAUCCUCCACUCAAAUACUUAUAUAUAUGUCUUGUAAAUACAAAUUCACAAACACCCUUCAUUUCAGCAUUGGAACUAAGGCCUUUGAAAAAUACCACAUAUGUAACCCAGUCUGCAGGAGCGCUUGCACUCUUCAUUGCACGGCUGGAUAUUGGUUCAAUAACCAAUCAAAAAGUCAGGUAUCCUGAUGAUGUCUAUGAUCGUUUAUGGUAUCCCUAUCAUCUAAUCCAAUUCACGGAUAUAAGUACCAAUCUGAGUGUUGAUUUGGGAAGUAACAGUAAUGAUUACCAUCCCCCAUCAAUUGUCAUGAGGAGCGCAUCCACACCAGCAAACAGCAGCAUUCCCUUGAAUAUAUCUGUUACAGGAGGUGAAGUGGAGUAUAAUAAUUACCAAUUUUAUUUGUAUAUGCACUUCGCUGAAGUGGUGAAGCAUGAAGCCAACCAAUCCCGUGAAUUCAAUAUAUCUCUUCAGAAUGGAACGAUCUGGUAUGGACCUGUUACUCCUUUGUACUUGUACUCAUUGACUGUGUAUAGCAUGUUAGCACUGCCUGGAGAAAUUGCUAGCUUUUUCCUCUCCAAAGUCGGAGGUUCAACCCUGCCGCCCCUUCUCAAUGCCCUUGAAGCCUAUUACGUGGUUGAUCUCUUGCUAUCAGAAACAAGCCAAGCAGACGUUGAUGCAAUCGUGAAUAUAAAGUCAAGAUAUGGAAUAACAAGCAACUGGCAAGGAGAUCCAUGUUCUCCUCAGGAUUAUGUGUGGGAUGGUCUUAAUUGCAGCUAUAAUGGAACUGCUCCACCAAUAAUCACAUCCUUGAACUUGUCAUCGAGUGGAUUGACGUGGGAGAUACCUCCUGAUAUAGCUAAUCUGAAGUCGCUAAAAUCUCUGGACUUGUCAAACAAUAGUUUAACUGGACCUGUGCCUGAUUUUCUUUCUCAGAUGCUGUCCUUGAAAGUCCUAAACUUGACAGGUAACAGGCUCACAGGUACAAUUCCAGUUGGCCUCUUAAUAAGAUCGCAAAGUGGUUUGCUACUGCUAAGUGUUAGCGGAAAUCCAGAACUUUGUGCAUCGGUUUCAUGCAAUGAUAAUAACAAUAAGAAGAAGCACGUUGUUCCAGUAGCUGUAUCAGUUGCUGCAUUAUUUGUUAUUAUUGUAGCUGCACUGGCAAUAUGGAGAUGGAGCCUUAAAAGAAGAAAGAAACAAGAAGCUCAAACCAGGAGAACAAGUGAAGCAUUGGAGUCGAGAAAAUUAAAGCGACAAUUCGCUUACUUUGAAGUCCUGGAAAUUACCAAUAACUUUGGGAGCGUUCUUGGUAGGGGAGGAUUUGGAACCGUUUACCAUGGCUACUUGGAUGAUAUUGAAGUAGCAGUAAAGACGCUAUCUCCAUCCUCAGUUCAAGGCUACAAGGAGUUCCAGGCUGAGGUUAAACUUCUUUUGAGAGUUCAUCACAAAAACUUGACUUCCCUUGUUGGAUACUGCGAGGAAGCCAACAACAUGGUGCUCAUCUAUGAGUACAUGGCUAAUGGAAACUUAAAACAUCAUCUCUCAGGUGAUCAACCAGAUAUCUUAAGCUGGGAGGGUAGACUUCGAGUAGCCCUUGAGGCAGCACAAGGAUUGGAGUAUCUUCACAAUGGUUGCAAGCCACCAAUUGUACACAGAGACGUGAAGACUACAAACAUUUUAUUGGACGCUAAAUUCCAAGCCAAACUAUCUGAUUUUGGGCUGUCAAGAAUUUUUCCAAAUGAAGAUGAUUCUCAUGUGACAACAACCAUUGCUGGCACUCCAGGCUACCUUGAUCCCGACUACAACAUAACAACCUGGUUGACUGAAAAAAGCGAUGUUUAUAGCUUUGGAGUUGUUCUUUUAGAGAUCAUCACAAGUCGACCUGUCAUUGCCAAAAACGAUGAUGCUGAUAAGAUUCAUCUCAGCAACUGGGUCAGUUCCAUGCUUGAUAUGGGGGAUAUCAAGGCCAUUGCCGAUCCAAGGUUACAUGGAGAUUUCGAUGUUAAUUCUCUAUGGAAAGUUACAGAAUUGGCAAUGGCUUGUGUAUCUGAAACUUCUUCUGAAAGACCAAAUAUGACCCAAGUGGUGAUGGAAUUGAAGGAGUGUUUAGCAACAGAGAUGGCUCGAACAAGGGAGGGGAGUAGUCCUCAAUCAAAUAAUGCUAUUAACUUGAUGGCCCUGAAUUUGCAUUCUGAAAUUUCUCCCCUGGCGAGGUAG